AUGAAUCCUACGGCCGCUCGCCUCGUGCGGAUCAUCCCCCGCGCUCAGCUCCCGCCAGCAGUCCAAGCCAGCGACAGCGUCGUGCCCGCACUCACUCGGCACCCCAAGCCCGUCACCCUCAUCGAGCGGCUACAGCAGCGUCAGGAAGCGCAGGGAGCGAACUGGCCGUCGAACAUCCGGCUGGAACCCGAGCUCGGAAAGAGGACAUUCAAGAACGUCAGGUCCGAGUACAGGGAGAAGUUCAAGAAGUUCUUGAAGGAAAUCUGA